AUUCUUCCGGAAAUCCGGAUUCUGUGUGCACCGCUGGCAGCACCACUUCACUGUUUCUUCUUCUCGGUUGAAACCACGCUCACAUUGCACGCCAGUACACACACGUGGGACCGACGUACCACUAGUUUAGUGUGAUCUAUAGUUUAGUGUGGUUUUAUUUCAUACCUGUAGUCUGUAGUUAUCAGUGUUCACGUUUUGUUAUCAACUUCAACAUCGGAAACGGGUGCAGUCUCGUUUAACUUUCCUGGUCCAGUGUAUGAGUUUGUUAGUUUGUGCGUGAUAUUUUAUCGAACCAACAGAAAGCAACCGACUUGCAGUGCAGUGAGCGGAAGUGUCGGAAAAUUCCUUUACGCGAUGACCUUGGUGCAUGUGCACAACUGCACCUUAAGUUUUGCAAAUCGUACGACGGGUUGCAGUGUGAUGCUGGAAAAGCUGUAUAACUGUACACCGCUAUACAGCGUUCAGUAUUGAUGUUUUAUUGCGUCAGACAUCGCCAAGGUAUUGUUGUUGUUCUGGAGAGGGAACUCAGCUGAUGAUGAUCAUUUUGAAAUUGGCUUUGGCCAACUGCCAGAAAGCUGAGCUUCAUGGAGUGGAGACGCGUGGUGUUCCAGGACACCGAAAAGCUGUACACGGAGGUCACGCAAAGCAUCGCCGAUCCGUACGGCAAAACGUUCACGUGGGAAAUUAAACAGUCGGUCAUGGGUCUGCAGCGUGACCCGGCCGCGGCGGCCAUCGUCAAGGCGCUGGACCUGCCGAUGACCCCCGAAGAGUACGUCCAGGUUUCCACCGAGAAAAUUAACCAGCUGAUGUCCAACGCCCAGCUGAUGCCAGGUGCCGAGCGGUUGGUCCGGCAUCUGCACCAGCACAACAUUCCCAUCGCCCUGGCCACCAGCUCGGGGGCGGACUCCGUCGAGGUCAAAAUCAAAAAUCACCAGGAGCUGUUUGCGCUGUUCAACCACAAGGUGAUGGGUUCGUCGGACGCGGAAGUCAAGGAGGGUAAGCCGGCGCCGGACAUCUUCCUGGUGGCGGCCAAACGCUUCCCGGACAGCCCCAAACCAGAUCAGUGCCUUGUGUUCGAGGACGCCCCGAACGGCGUCACGGCGGGCGUUUCCGCCGGCAUGCAGGUCGUGAUGGUUCCCGAUCCGCACAUCAGCGAAGAGCAGCGGAAGCACGCCACGGUGGUCCUGGACUCGCUCGAGGAGUUCAAGCCCGAACAGUUUGGGCUGCCCGCCUUCGAGUAACCACAUCACACGCAUCUCUACUUAUAUGUAUAGGAAGACUUCUCCACAACAAACACCCACGCAGUACACUACUAAACAUACACAAUACAAGUUUUAGACAGUAUCGUUUUUUAAAGGUAAAUCGAGCUACCGUUAUUUUUAUGCGUACAAAUCAACGCGUGAUGCAUGCAUGCUGAAGCGAUAAGCUAUAGAAUUAAUAUAUUUUAAAUGUAACUAAA